UUACAGUCACCAGGAAGUUUAUUCACACGAGACUAAAACUCACCGAAGGACGAUAUGAAUGCAAGAUGAAUGCUGCAAACCGCUCUGACUUCUACAUUGGUUUGGCACUUGCUGUAAGCUCGACAAUCUUCAUCGGUGGCAGUUUCAUAUUGAAAAAGAAAGGCCUCUUACGACUGGCCAAAAAGGGCUCUACUAGAGCAGGUCAAGGUGGAUAUGCAUACCUGAAAGAAUGGUUGUGGUGGGCAGGGCUUAUAUCAAUGGGAAUAGGCGAGAUAGCAAAUUUCGCAGCAUAUGCAUUUGCUCCUGCCACAUUAGUAACACCUCUGGGAGCACUGAGCGUUUUGGUCAGUGCUGUCCUUUCAUCAUACUUCCUGAGUGAGCGGUUGAAUAUCCAUGGGAAAAUUGGCUGUUUGCUGUGCAUCUUUGGUUCCACAGUUAUGGUGCUCCACGCUCCGCAAGAGGAAGAGGUUGCUUCUUUGACUGCAAUGGCAGAGAAACUCAAAGAUCCAGGAUUCAUCGCUUUUGCUGUCUGCAUUGUUGUCAGCAGCCUGGUCCUGAUCUUCUUUGUCGCACCUCGCUAUGGUCAGAAGAAUGUGCUAGUGUACAUCCUCAUCUGCUCUGUGAUUGGUUCGUUGUCUGUGUCCUGUGUGAAAGGCCUCGGCAUUGGGAUCAAAGAGCUGUUCGCUGGAACGGCUGUUCUGAAAGAACCGCUGUUCUGGGCCCUUCUCGUAUGCCUUGUGAUCUGCAUCAGUAUCCAGAUAAGCUACCUUAAUAAGGCCCUUGACAUCUUCAACACUUCUUUAGUUACACCUAUUUAUUAUGUCUUCUUCACCACAUCCGUCAUGGCUUGUUCAGCCAUCUUGUUUAAAGAGUGGCUGCAAAUGUUGGCCGACGGGGCUGCUGGGACUGUUAGUGGCUUUCUUACCAUCAUCAUUGGCAUUUUUCUUCUUCAUGCGUUCAAGGACAUCAACUUUAGCUUGGACUCUCUACCUUUAUAUCUGCACCAUGGACCUCAAGACAGAACAUGGAACCAACCGUACAUUGCUUUGCCAACUGAUGAGAGAACUACUAUGGAUGAAAGCAAUCUGACUAAAGAAAGAAAUGCAAAGAGCUUUUUUCCUGAGAGUUCAGACAAAAUGAGCAACGGCACAUUUAAUACCUAGCAUAAUAUCAGUAAAAACACAUCAUGCUUGUGGGUGACUACUAAAAUACAGCUUUACUAUUUGCUACUGUACAUGCACACUUUGCAAAACAAUACUGUGAGAGUACUUUAAUUAGUAUUUUAUUUAGUAUAGAAGGUACUUGUGUUAUAGAUUUUCCAUCUAUUUCUAUUUCCAUCUUUCAAUCUGUUAGUUUUAUGCUGGUGAUAUUUUCAAACUAACAAUGCUGUGCCCAAUCACUUGUAAAUACAAAAAUCCUGAAGUAGCAGCAUAAUGUUUAAAGACCUGCUUUACAUCAUCUUAUUAAAUGUUACAUUAUUUAUUCUGACCAAACCUGCCUUGUUUAGGAUAUACAUAGGAUUACAUUCAUAUAAAGCACCUUAAAUUUACUGUUAACAUUUAAA